CAGCACACUCUUCUUCUCACUGCGUAGACUAAUUACCGAUACCAACACACCACACUCUUCGUGCUCUCCGCCACCCUCUCUGUCCCUUUUGUUUCUCGAUUUUUCAGAUCCAUUCUCUUCUCUUCGCAUCAAAGAUGGCUUCUUUUACAGCUUCCUCUCUUUCAUUCUCCCCUGUUUCUUGCUCAUUCAAGCAAAACCAGGCUUCAAGUUUGAGGAAGGCUUCACUGUCAUUCAGCGGAAAGGGCUUCCCAUCUCAUAGGUUGCCAGCACUUCGUUUCCGAGUUGCCUGUGCAGCUAAGCCAGAUACCGUAAACAAAGUAGUUGAAAUCGUGAAGAAGCAACUGGCUCUUCCUGAGGAUCGUGAAGUCAACGGAGAGUCGAAAUUUGCUACUCUUGGUGCUGAUUCUCUUGAUACGGUUGAGAUUGUCAUGGGACUUGAGGAGGAGUUCGGUAUCGCCGUUGAGGAGGAAAGCGCCCAGAGCAUCACCACUGUUCAAGAAGCAGCUGAUCUCAUCGAGAAGCUCUUGGAGAAAAAAUGUUAAACUGGAGCAUAAAAUUUUAGCGCCAUAGAUCUGCUAGAAAAGUUGUGUAGCAACGUAUCUUCUGUUUGUGGUUUUAUGGAGGGUCCUCCAGGCCUCUCCACGACGAACCUUACCUUAUUUUUUGUUUCUGUUUGAGGGAACUAGCUUGUUUUGUUCUUAUAUUUCCUGUUUGGAUUCAGUCCAUUUAAAUCUAAAAUCUACAAGUUUCUUUCUUUA